GCAGCCUGUUUGAAUAACCCAUAUUUUUAUGCACAUUUUCUUGUGUUAUCUUUGAAAAUUUUCAAGAAGCACGCAAGCAAGGAAGUAGAUUCAGCUUGGCUUUAUUAUAUAAGCACAUUUCGUUUGCUGUUUCCUUCCAACAGUACCCUCAAUGUGGAGUACUGCAUUGGAGGCCUAAUUAAUGGAAUCCAUCCUAGAGCCUGCAACUAAAAUGCAGCAAUCCGACAGAGGUCUAAGGCUGAGCUUUUCAACAUCCUAUGAUGGUUUGAUGUUAAAGCAAAUUCAGGCAGUUCAUGUUCCUGAUGGACGAGCCAUUGAUGUUCGACCUCUUCUGCAUAUUGUUGAAGACAUCUUAAGUUUUGCCGCCCCAAGUGGUGAUGCCAUUGUUGAAACUGGUAAGCAAGCCACAGGCACUGAAGCAUUCCAACACCAGACCAACUACCAAACCAAUAUUACUGACAUGCUUGAAACUUUGUCUUUUCUCAUUGAUAGAAUCUCAAUUGAGAUGGCACGGAAAUGCAGUGAAACUAGGGAAGAACAUGCAACAACAAUGUCCAUAUUGAGCAUGGUAUCCAACUACCCAUGGGAUGCCAAAUUGGUGAUAGCUUUAUCAGCUUUCGCAGUUAACUAUGGCGAAUUCUGGCUCCUAGCCCAGUGCUACACCUCAAACCAACUAGCCAAAAACCUUGCAAUCCUCAAACAAGUACCAGGAAUUUUACAACAUUCAACCAUGUUGAAAUCUCGGUUUGACACAAUUAAAGAUCUCAUUACAGCCAUGCUAGAUAUUGCCAAGUGUUUAGUUGAGUUUAAGGAAAUACCAUCUAAUUAUGUUACGGAAGAUGUUGCCGCUGCAGUAUCGGCAGCCAUGGAUCAUAUACCGGUAGCCAUCUACUGGACCAUCAGAAGCAUGUUGGCUACUGCAUCUCAGAUUACUGGUCUUUCAGGAUCAGAAAAUGAGUUUCUUUCAUCCUUGGAAUCCUGGGAGCUAUCAAGCUUAGUACACAAGCUCAGCACCAUGCACAGCCAUCUAGUAGGUCUACUGGCUAUCUGCCAUAAGCAAAUAGAUGAAAGAAAAUUUAUAGAAGCCUAUCAGAACCUUCAAUAUUUGUUUAAUGCCGCCCAAAUUGACAACAUUAAGGUUCUCAAGGCGUUGAUUAACCCAAAGGAUGAUCCACUUCCACUAGUUGAUGGGGCCAACAAGAAAAGGGUUAGUGUUGAUGUUCUAAGGAAAAGAAAUGUUCUAUUGCUGAUAUCAGAUCUAGACAUCUUGCAAGAUGAAGUCGUCAUUCUUCAACAGAUAUACGAGGAGUCCAGAAGGCAAUCAAACAGCCUGGACCAGAAUCCAUACGAGUUAGUGUGGCUGCCAGUGCUAGACUCAUCUGUCUCGUUGUCUAAGAUCAAGCAACGUAUAUUUGAGAAUCUGACAGCAACUAUGACAUGGUUCACAUUGCGCCACCCUGCAUUGCUUAAUCGGGCGGUGUUCAAGUUCAUCAAGGAAGAGUGGGGGUUCGAGCAGAAGCCUAUCGUUGUGGUUUUAGAUCCUCAAGGAAGGGUUACAUGUUCUAAUGCAAUUCACAUGAUGUGGAUUUGGGGCAAUUUGGCCUUCCCUUUCACCAUUGCUAAGGAAGAUGCUUUAUGGAAAGCUGAGACUUUGACACUUGACUUUCUUGUGGAUGGUAUUGAUCCUGUGAUUCUGAAAUGGAUAUCAGAAGAAAGAUUCAUAUUCUUGUAUGGGGGAGAGGAUAUAGAGUGGAUCAGGAAUUUCACACACACUGUAAAAACUGCUGCAAGAGCUUGUGGCAUUGCAAUGGAAAUGGUUUAUGUCGGAAAGAGAAAUCCAAAGGAGAAUAUCCGUAGAAACAUGGCUAUUAUCAAUGAAGAAAAACUUAGCCAUUGCUUGCCAGACAUAACUGCUAAUUGGUACUUCUGGAUUCGGAUCGAAAGCAUGUGGAACUCGAAGCACCAACUUGGUAAAGCAGAUGAGAAUGAUCCCACAACUCAAGAAAUCAUGACAUUGCUUUCAUAUGAUGGCGGUGAAGGGUAUGGAUGGGCCUUGCUUGGUAAAGGUUCAACAGAGUUCACCAAAGCCAGGGGGACUACAUUUUUAACUUGCUUAUCAGAUUAUAAUCUGUGGGCUGAAGAUGUGCAAACAAAAGGAUUGGUGUCGGCAAUUCAUGAUUACUUUUUGCAGAAUCCGACCCCACAUCAUUGCAACCGACUUGUUCUACCAGGCACUGCCGGUCGGUUGCCGGAAAUGGUGACUUGUUCUGAAUGUCGACGAACCAUGGAGAGGUACAUUUUGUACCACUGCUGCGAUGAAUAAAAAAGUAACAUAAGCAACAACUGGUGAGGUUUAGGAAAUUGUGUGCUUGUAUUUUUUUCAAGUAACAUGCAUUGCGAAAAUGUGAACCCAAACUAAUUAUGAUCAGUUUAAUCUUCAUAACAAUUAUAUUAGAAACAAAUAGAUUUUAUCAAA